AAGUGGCGGUGCGCCAUGAUAGAUAGCCACGCUGCUAUUGGUCAGCUAUACUCGCAGUGAUUCAAUGCUAUUGGUUAAACUUCUGAGCGACGGGUACACUGCAGUUUCCCCAGUGCUUUCGAUCUGUUGUGUUCAUGACGCCGUGUCUGGGAGAUUUCAGGGAUGUCAGGGAUACGCCGUAAUGUGGUAUGGAACGAUGGCUGCAAGUAUGAUUAUUCAAACAUUCCCAAAAAGAAAAGACGCAGCGGAAACUCCAGUGCAUCUACAAAUUCUACAUCCACGAGGAGAGAAGGGAGUAGCAAGAUCCCUGAUUCAGAAAUCAACCAGCUGCAGGAUGCCCCUGAUCAAAGCAUGGUGUCAAGUCUGUCCGACUCUCAGGUUAGUGUAGAGGCUCCUGCAGCUGUACAAGCAUCUUACCCACUUGACAAUUUUACGUCAUAUGUGACUCAACUGAGGCAGCAGUCGGCAAUAACCAUGUGUGAUCCCCUGGCAACAGUGUUUGCAUUGCCUGACUUCAACAACCACAGCUUGAAGUUGACGGUGAACAAGUACCACAUUGUGGAAAGAUGCAGCAAAACUGUAGAACAUGCUUGUGAGUGGUUUUACUGCUGCAGCUGUUCUCGCCGUGAGCAGGACUUGGUGAUGUCCUUGUCUUCUGUCAUUGUUGGGGGAGUAUCAAGAAUUCGGGACAAUUACUGCAUCCACAUCAAGGCAGUAAUACAAAUUGUGAAUGACAUUGACGUGCAGUAUAACCUCCAACCUGGCUUGAAAGAGGAUGAUCACAGUUACACCAUUCCAUCUGGGUUUGCAGACCUUGACUCACUUGUUGAGCAGACAGAUGCUGUUUUCAAGGUCUACGGUGAUGGAAUCUUCUGCAGCAAGAGUGAUUGUGACUCUAACAGCUAUGGGAUUUUGUGCUGCGGGAAAGGUAUAAAAUGCAUGACAUGUAGCCAGGGCUGUCAGUCCUGUAGCCACGUCAAACAACUCAAAACGUUGUUGUCAAAUGAACAUGAAAUAUACAGUCAAACACUCCAGGAUACGCUGCAGUCCGUACAAGCCAUCCUUGGGGACAGUUCAGUUUCACAGUCUGGCAGCAGUCCUGUCUGUGUAUCUGAAAAGCGAAUACAGUUCAAUGUCUUGCCGGGACAAUUCAAAAACACUGCUGGCUACAACCCCCACCAGUUUUGUCAGGACGACAGCACAGUCACCCUUGUUUCCUGUGAGAGCUGCCCAACAUGUGGCUCAGAACUCCCUGGAGGAGACACUGCCACAGAAACUGUAUCUUGGCCAUGCAGUCACCCUCCGCUGGUCACACGGAACUUUGUCUUUAAGACAAAAGUCUACCAAAGGCCAUGCUCCAGCUGUGAUACCAACCUUCCCUUUGAUGGAGGAGCAGAUGGCAUCCUUAACAUGGGGACCUUCUUGAUCUCACAUGAAGUCCUCAGGGACUACAUGUAUCACUUCCUGCAGACUGGUAUGACAAUGUUUGGAUAUUAUCAGACGUUGUCUAAACAUAUGGAGGAUGCAGGAGUUGCAGGCUUCCAACAAGUUCUGUCGUAUAACAAGUUUCGCCAGUCGUGGUAUGAAUUUGAGGAGCUCCUGGACAUCGACUACAGUAAGGGGUUUAUGUGCCCGUUGUGUGGUCCAGCGCCAAAAGUAAUAAUCUGCGAUGGAACAGCACUGAGCUUUCGCAGAGAGCUCCUCCCAUGGCAACAGGUCCUGGGAGAAAGCGACAGUGGUACAGAAACCGCAUACCCUGGGAGUAGCCACAGAGAUAGGGUAUUCAUCACAAACCAACGAGGACGGAAGCUGCUGGAUUCCUUUGUGAACAGCGAGGUCACUCCAGAUGAGAUGGCGGAACUGGUCAGAAUUGUGCCACCAUCGCUUGCCACUGUCAUCAAACAGUAUCAGCACCUGAAGACAUGUCCGGAAGGACUGAAGUCCCUCCUUGGAACAUUGUCGAAAAAUUCUCCUGUUUGUGGACUUCUCCAUCCGUCAGAAGAACUGCAUGACUUUGUUCAGAAAGUCGCAGAUGGAGCAGCCAUCAGUGACUCCGUCUGUGACAUGGAGUUUCUGCAGAAACAUAUUCCAGUGCUCUUUGACCAUGUGAGGAAUGGAGACAGUAGUUGUGUGGCGGAGGAGCUACGACCCCUCCUGUUAGCUCUCCUGGAUGUAGCAGAAAAACCUUUCAAUCAAAACGCAAGGGUUCCUGAUGACUGUGCUGGACAGAGAGGGGUAAAUCCCGACCUGAUCUCCUUCUUCCCAGCCCUCGGACAUGUCAGGAGCAGAGGGAAAUAUACGGCUGACAGGGGGCGUAACGAUGUAAAGGGAUGCAGCAAGUCCAGCAGUGGUCACCCCUCCCUGCUCCCAGGGAUGUUCUUACUGAAUUGUGGACAUGGCAUCAACUAUGGUUUUGAGGUGAUGGUAAAACACGAGUCACCGAACACACCCUUCACCAUACUACGCACGAGGUUUAAAGAUGUUCCAGAAACUGUCAUCUAUGACAACAGCUGCAAUCUUCACUCCUACUGUUUAAACCGGGAUCCUCUGCUCUUUAAGAACACCUGGUUCCUGGUCGACCGUCUUCACUGGAAAAACCACAAAGGUUGCUCAGUGGGAUACCAGCUGUCCAGAUAUCCGCAGUACGACAAUGUGAACUCGCAAGUUGUUGAGCAGUGUAAUUCAGCUCUGAAAAAGCUGAAGGGACAACUAUCCUACAUGAACCCGGCAAACUUCAUGCGGCAGGCAAAGUUAUUCCUCUGGUACAAAAACCAGGCUGUUAUCAAGAGAAUGUAAAGUAAUUAUUAAACUUUUACAUAGUGUAUAUUUAGCUUUGUAAGAACUUAGUUUCAAUGCUCCACAGCAGUAUACACCAUAUUUUUUCUGUGGUAACAUCUGUAAAUCUGCAAAAAUCAACCAACCAUCCAGGUGCUUUUUUGCAUAAGAUAUUCUUAGUACUGUACUUGUAGUGUACAAUAUAUAGGCAGCACAAUUUAAGGGCAAAUGUCUGUAAGGAA